AUGCUCAUCGGCUUAUGUGGAGGCAUUUGCGCUGGCAAACAUGCGAUUGCUGAGUACCUGAUUGAGCAAGGGUUCCAGCUUCUUGAACUUGCCGGCAAAUCCCAAUCUUACAUCACCGAGUCGGAGGAUGACCUGCGGCUUCAAGCGUCGGAGAUCAGAAAGAAAGAAGACCCCAAGUCGUCAGAGCUUACAUUCCAAGAUGCCGAGUCCCUACUCGACUUUGCGACCAAAAGAUGGCAAGAACGUUGGGUUACCACAGACAUUGCAGAUGCCACUACCCUAGAUCGAUUUCUCUUGCGUCCCUUCUUCCUUCUCGUGAGCGUCGAUGCACCUGUUAGCCUCCGAUGGAAACGAUUUGCCGACAGAUGUUGGAGAAGACAACUCGAUCCGCCUGAGCUUGAAAAGUUCGUUAUGUGGAACGACCAUAAUCUUUACGACAAGGAUAUUGGACGAGUGUACUUGACCGACAAAGCUCAACUGCGCCUAUUCAACUCCUCGUCGUCUCUUGAAGAGCUACAUUCGGCUUUGCGAACCCUCGACCUGGCGGACGAACAACGGUUGAGGCCAAACUGGGACCAGUAUUUCAUGCAGCUGGCCUCUCUUGCCGCCCAAAGAAGCAACUGCAUGAAAAGAAGAGUGGGAUGUGUGCUCGUUCGAGAGAGUCGUGUAAUCAGCACAGGAUAUAAUGGGACACCACGGCAUCUCCAGAACUGCAACCAAGGUGGAUGUCCACGGUGCAAUCGCGGGGAUGGGGAGGAGCCGGUCUCUCGACCUGUCUCUGCCUUCACGCCGAAGAAAACGCAUUACUGGAAGCAGGCCGAGAGCGGAUUCGAGAGGGGGCGAUCCUUUAUUGCGAUACGUAAGUCCACUUCAUUCUUCAAUAAACUAUGCCAACGAGGAAAUCUUACUGUGGGUUGCAGAUGUCCUUGCUUGACAUGCACUGUCAAGAUAGCCCAAGUUGGAAUUUCGGAGGUCGUUUACUCUCAAGGGUACAACAUGGAUAAUGACAGUGCAGCUAUCUUACAAGAAGCAGGCGUACGGCUACGGCAAUUCCACCCGCUCAACCUCGAUAGUCCAAAUACCUUGGUCACUUUCAGCUGGAAUCACCAUUGUGCUUUUGGCCUAACCAUGCCUACCGUCCACUUGCUGGACUAUGUUGCGGGAAACAUCCGUUCCUUGGUCAAUGCGAUUAACCAAGUCGGAUAUGAUGUCGAAUGGGUGAAAACCCCGGAGGAUGUGAAAAAUGCUGAUAAACUGAUACUCCCCGGCGUUGGCCAUUUUGGCCAUUGUCUCUCCCAACUGGACAAAGGAGGAUUUUUGGAGCCCAUCCGGCAGCAUAUCGAAGCGGGGAAGCCAUUUAUGGGGAUCUGUGUUGGUCUUCAAGCUCUUUUCCAGGGCUCAGAGGAGGACAGCAACGUUCCAGGGCUUGGCGUGAUUCCUAUGCGCAUUCAAAAAUUCAACGACACCUCGAAGAGCGUACCACACAUUGGAUGGAAUUCUGCAAUCAACACUGGGUCCGAUGGCAACAAAAAUGAAAGCUUUUAUGGUCUGAGGCCGACCAGCAAGUAUUAUUACGUCCACUCCUAUGCGGCCCCCUACAACCCGGGUGUAUUGGAAAGUGACGGCUGGUCUGUGGCUACAGCCACAUAUGGCGAGGAAGAGUUUAUCGGUGCUAUUAGUCGGGGUAACAUCUUUGGCGCCCAGUUUCACCCGGAAAAGAGUGGCGUCGCUGGGCUACGGGCCAUACGCGCAUUCUUGAACGGCGAUCAAUUCCAGUCGCUCUCACAGGACCUCGUCACUGGCAAAGAAAAUGGGCUCACUCGUCGCGUUAUUGCUUGCCUUGAUGUUCGGACAAACGACUCUGGUGACUUGGUCGUUACCAAGGGUGACCAAUAUGAUGUCCGAGAGAAGAGUGGAGCAGAUGCCGGGGGCAGCGUUCGUAAUCUCGGUAAGCCUGUGGACAUGGCUAAGAAAUAUUACGAACAAGGAGCAGAUGAGGUGACAUUUUUGAACAUCACCUCUUUCCGAAACUGCCCCAUUGCUGAUACACCCAUGCUUGAAAUUUUGCGACGAACAUCGGAGACAGUCUUUGUACCAUUGACCAUUGGCGGAGGAAUCAAAGACACCGUCGACACUGAUGGCACGCGGGUUCCUGCUCUGGAUGUGGCAACAAUGUAUUUCAAGUCUGGAGCCGAUAAAGUCAGUGUUGGCUCUGAUUCUGUCUUUGCCGCUGAGGACUAUUACCGCGCCGGUGAGAAGUUGAGUGGCCAAACCGCAAUCGAGACGAUAUCAAAAGCCUAUGGAAAGCAGGCCGUUGUGGUGAGCGUCGACCCCAAGCGGGUAUAUGUGGAUAAGCCUGAAGAUACUCCCCACCACACAAUUAAGACCCAGUUCCCAAACUCAAAUGGGCAAAGCUUCUGCUGGUACCAAUGCACCGUCAAAGGUGGCAGAGAAACGCGCGAUAUCGAUGUGCGGCAACUUGUGCAGGCUGUUGAGGCCAUGGGAGCUGGUGAAAUCCUCCUGAAUUGCAUUGAUAAAGAUGGAAGCAAUGCUGGAUUUGAUCUGGAAUUGAUCAGAGACGUCAAAGCUUCGAUUAAGAUUCCAGUCAUCGCUUCAAGUGGGGCUGGUGUACCUGCGCACUUUGCCGAGGUCUUCAACAAAACCACCACUGAUGCAGCAUUGGGAGCAGGAAUGUUCCACCGCGGUGAAUAUACCGUGUCUCAAGUGAAAGAUCACCUUCAAACGGAGGGAUUCCUGGUCCGCCAAUUUGAGGCUGAGAUUUAA